AUGGCCAUGAAGUACAGACGCCAGAAACAGGCCGUGGGCGACGACUGGGACGACGUUACUGAGCACGACGUGAGCAGGCAGGACGUUGCGGACCUCAAACAGGAGAUCGAGGGGUCUUUGGACGACGAGGCCGAGCGCAGCAGACAGUUGCUGAUUGAAACAAAAGACCUGGACACAGAUAGCGAGAGCGACGCGCAGGCGGAGUCGGAGGACGAAGAAGAGUCGGAAGACGACGAAGAGUCUGAUGAGGACGAAGAAUUGCUUAAAGAGCUCGAAAAGAUCAAAAAGGAGAAAGAGGCACGGCUGGAGAAACAAAAAGAAGACGAGCUCGCACGAAAAGCAGCUAAUUCAAACCCGCUUGUCCAGUUUGACCAAGGAGUCCAAAAAUCCUGGCGAUCCACCACUUUUAGAAGGACAGAAAAGUCUCAGAAAAAAGGAGAGUUCGUCAACGACAUGCUCAGAAGCGAGUUCCAUAAACGGUUCAUGGACAAGUAUGUGAAAUGA